AUGGAAAACAACGAUAAUUAUCAACUUUCUACAUGGGGAAAUUUAUGGCAAUAUAUUGGAAUUGAGAGACAUGCUCAAUAUGGUUAUUAUUGGAUGAUGGGAUCUGCUAAGCUUAGUGAUUAUAAAGACUGGUGCCUUUAUUGGCUCGGACUAAAUAAUUUUGAACCUCCAUUAACAGGAGAAACGCCAGAAGAUUUUUAUGUUAGAAAGAUUUAUACUACUUCUUAUGAUUGUUUUAAUAGACCUAUUUGUGGCCCUCCUGAAAAUCAUAUUACUAUAGGAAUUAGAAAAGAAGUUCCUGUAGAAGGGGGUAAACAUCUUGAAUUGAUUGAAGGAAAUACAAGAGAGGCUAUUAACUUUGGUUCAUAUAAUUAUCUUGGAUUUGGUGGAAGACAUCCAAUUGUUACAAAAGAAAUUAUUCAAACAUUAAAAACAAAAGGUGCGUGUUUAACUGGAUUUGCUGCUGAAAGAGGAAUUUCUGAAGAACAAGAACAACUUCAAUUAAUGUUAGCUGAAUUUUUACAUAAAGAAGCUGCUAUUGUUGUGCCAAUGGGAUUUGCUACUAACUCUACAUUAAUUCCAAUUUUAGUUGGAAAAGGAGAUGUAGUUUUUUCUGAUGCUUUAAAUCAUUCAUCUAUAAUUACUGGGAUGAGAUCUUCUAAUGCUGAAGUUAAAGUAUUUAAACAUAAUGAUAUUUUAGAUUUAAAAACUAAAUUAGAAGAUUUAAAAAUUCAUGGAAUGAAGAAUGGACAACAACCAAAGAAAGUUAUGGUUGUUGUUGAAGGUUUAUAUUCAAUGGAAGGUGAGUUUUGUCCUUUAAAAGAAAUUAUUGCAUUAAAGAAAGCUUAUGGAUUCUAUUUAUAUGUUGAUGAAGCACAUUCUAUUGGUGCAUUAGGUUCUACGGGAAGAGGUAUUGUUGAACAUCUUGGAUGCAGUUUUGAUGAUGUAGAUAUUUUAAUGGGUACUUUCUCAAAAUCAUUUGGUUCUGCAGGUGGGUAUAUUGCUUCAGAUAAAAAUACUAUUUCAAUGUUAAGAUCUAAUUGUUAUUCUUAUGUAUAUGGAUCUCCAAUGUCACCAGUUGAAGCACAACAAAUUAUUUCAUGUUUAGAAAUGAUGAAAACAGAAGAAGGACAAAAAAGAAUUGCACAAUUAAGAAAAUCUUCAAUUAAUUUUAGAAGGAGACUUAUUGAAGCAGGAUGUCAUGUUCUUGGUGAUACUGACUCACCAGUUAUUCCAGUUAUGUUAUACCAUACAGGAAAAAUUAAAGACAUUUGUCGUAUUUGUUUAAAAGGAGGAGUUGCUGUUGUUGGAGUAGGAUUUCCAGCAUGUACUCCAACAUCAUGUCGUGUAAGAUUUUGUAUUUCUGCAGCACAUACUGAUGAAGAUAUAGAAAAAGCAUAUAAUGUGAUGAUUAAUGGAAUGAAAGAAAUAGGAUGUAUUUUUGGAAAUACGCCUCAACCAAAUGUUAUUUAUCAUCCACCAAAAGUUGAUUUAUCUGAACUUGAAGCAUUACCAAAAGAACCUAGAAAAAUGUCUUUACUAAGUGAAAAUUCUGAUAAUAGAAAAGUAACACAAGAAGUAAUAAGACCAAUUGGUAUUGAAUUAAGUUCAUAUGAUAUUCAUGGAUUUAAUCAAGACACAGAAAGAACAGAAGAAUUAAUUAAUGUUAUUAACAACUUUGGAUGUGGGUCUUGUGGUCCAAGAGCAUUUUAUGGAACUACAACAGAACAUUUAGAUGUAGAGAAAGAAUUAAUGAAAUAUUUUGGAACUACAGAUGCAUUAGUUUAUAGUUAUGGAAAUAAUACAUUAACAUCAGUAAUUCCAGUGUAUGGUAAAAAGGGAGAUUUCAUAUUAGUUGAUGAAUUUUGUAAUUAUCCAAUCCAAUUAGGAUGUAGAUUAUCACGUGCUACAACUAUAAAAUAUAACCAUAAUGAUAUGAAAGAUCUUCAAGAAAAAUUAAACGAAUAUAAACAAAAGAUUGUUUAUCCUAAUAAAAUUAUUAUUAUAACUGAGGGUGUUUUUCAACAUGACCUCUCUAUUGCUCCAUUAAAUAGUAUUGUUUCUUUAAGAUGUAAAAAUGUAUUACUAAUUGUUGAUGACUCUCUUGGUAUAGGAGCUCUUGGUGCAAAUUUGAAAGGAACACUAGAACACCUUGGACUAACUGUUAAUGAUGUUGAUGUUCUUUGUGGUUCUAUGGAAUUUGUGUGUGACACUGUUGGUGGUUUUGUAGUUGGACAUUAUGAUAUGAUUGAAAGACAACGACUUCUUGGUGCUGGAUUCAUUUUUUCUGCCUCAGCUCCUCCUUUCACUUGUCGUGCUGGUAAAAUUGCAUUUGAACGAUUUGCUACUAAGGGAGUUGAUAUGGGAAUUGAGUUAAGAGAAAGAAGAAAUAAAUUUAAUCAAAUGAUGAAAGAACAGGUGAAAAAUGUAGAAAUGAUUGGUGAUGAGUCUCUUCCAUUUGUUUUAUUGAACUACAAAGACAAUCAACAAUUAAUUGAUAUACUAAAAGAAAAAGGAUAUCACAGUGUUCUUCAGCAUCAUUUAGAUGAAGAUUGGUGUCAAAACAAAUUCGUGCGUUUGUGUAUUGGAAAUCAAUUAACAGAAGCCAAAAUGGCUGAUAUCAUUACAGCUUUUGCUAAAUUAAAUUAA